GGGCACGCGCGGAACUCGCCUCUGAUUGGCUGAAGACAAAGGGCGGAUAGGGGGCGGGGUUUGUCGCAUCUCUUCGCACGCUGAUUGGUCGUCGCGCCUGUCAAUACACCGGGAUGCUAAUGGGCGGGCUCAGCGCUGAUUGGACAAAGAGGAAUUUCCGGCGGAAGCGGCUCGUGAGGGGACCGGGAGCGGAGCCGGGACCGGGACCGGGAAACGCCACCGGGAGCGAACGGCCGCAGCCAUGAACAUCCGGAACGCGCGGCCCGAGGACCUGAUGAACAUGCAGCACUGCAACCUGCUCUGCCUGCCCGAGAACUACCAGAUGAAAUAUUACUUCUACCACGGCCUCUCCUGGCCUCAGCUCUCGUACAUCGCCGAGGACGAGAACGGAAAGAUCGUGGGAUACGUCCUGGCCAAGAUGGAGGAAGAUCCCGAUGACGUCCCCCACGGACACAUCACGUCCCUGGCAGUGAAACGCUCGCACCGGCGCCUGGGGCUGGCGCAGAAGCUGAUGGACCAGGCGUCCCGGGCCAUGAUCGAGAACUUCAACGCCAAAUACGUCUCCCUGCACGUCCGCAAGAGCAACCGCGCAGCGCUGCACCUCUACUCCAACACGCUCAACUUCCAGAUCAGCGAGGUGGAGCCCAAGUACUACGCGGACGGGGAGGACGCCUACGCCAUGAAACGGGACCUGACGCAAAUGGCGGAUGAGCUGAGGAAGCAGGUGGAGCAGAAGGAGCGGGGCCGGCCCCUGGCCCCCGCCGAGCCCCCCCGAAGUGGGGAUGGGGUCUGCGGCUCGGGGGGGACCCCCUCGCACCCCCCCCCCACGGGACCCCCCCACCCAGAGGACGGGGGGGGCGACAGCAAAGACGUCAGCGAGGUCAGCGAGACCACCGAGAGCACCGACGUCAAGGACAGCUCCGAGGCCUCCGACUCCGCCUCAUAGGGACCCCCACCCCAAAAAACAAAAAAUCUCUGGGACCCCCCCCCACCUCCCCCCCCCCCAAAAUCCCGGGGGUCCCAAAGCCUCUGGGAGCCCCCCGGGACCCCGUGGUGCUGGUGGGGGGCAGUAAAGCCCCUCUGUGCCCA